CGCGUUGACUCCCGGAAGCAAAACCUGCAACAUGGCUGUUGUUUAAAAGAAAGAACCUGAUUCAGAGAGGUGGAGAUAUACCGAACUAUGGUAAACCUGCAAGACCUUACCAGCUGUGACUGAUAUUCCGAACAAAUCUACUUAUCAGAGAGUGACUGAAUAAAGUUAAUACAGGGCACUCGGUGUGGUGAGAUCGCCUUUCUAUCUCACAGGAUUAGAAGGCUGAGGGAAACGUCUCAAAAGAGAACACUACAGUAGAAGCAAGACAUCAUUUUUUGCUCAACUCUGCUGUGCCUUGGGUCAUUGUACUUUAUGGUCAGUUUCAGAGCAGGCCUAAUUUUUCUUGCAGCAAGAACAUUCUACUAUAGAGAAGCACUAAACCUGAGGAAGAGUCUGUCUAUAUUUUAUGUGCUCAAUGUACAUUGUGUCAGUAAACGUUCAGUAUUUCUGUUUACAUAUCCAUUUCAGCCUUUUGGACUCUCGCCUACAAAAGGAGUUGUCCAAAACAAGAUAAAACAUACUUUGGACUCCUCUGUAUCAUUCUACUUCAGGGAUUCCUGCCUCAGACUUUACUCCACUAAAUACAGCAACAUGGCAGAACAACGUUACUGUGUAGAGUAUGCCAAGCGUGGCACAGCUGGCUGCAAGAAGUGUAAAGACAAGAUCAUGAAGGGCCUGGUGCGGAUUGGCAAGAUUGUCCCAAACCCCUUUUCUGAGUCUGCAGGUGAAAUGAAAGAAUGGUACCAUGUCAAAUGCAUGUUUGAGAAGCUGGAGAAAGCUCGAGCCACCACUAAGAAGAUUGAUGACCUUACAGAACUUGAAGGCUGGGAGGAGUUACAAGAUGAGGAAAAGAAUUUGAUUAAUAAGCACAUAGAAGAGUUGGCAUCAAAGGUUGCAGCUUCCCCGAAAAAGAAGGUUCAGGCCAAACUGACUCCCGCAGGUCGGCUGACAUCGCCACCACAGCAACUGUCUAGUCCUUCUCCACGCAAGUUCUCUGGAUUUUCAGCAACAAAAGCUGAGUCCUCCAGCUCUGGCACAGUUCCAUCAACCAGUUCACUAUCUGCUCAGCUCUGUGACCCUAGCCACAAAGACUCUUUGCUGCGAGAAUUUAGGAAGCUGUGUGCCAUGGUUGCUGACAACGCAAGCUACAAUACUAAGACCCAGAUAAUCCAAGACUACCUGAAAAAGGGGUCCAGUGGAGAGGGUUUUCGUGGAGAUCUGUACCUGACAGUGAAGCUGCUACUACCAGGAGUUAUUAAGACUGUCUACAACUUGAAUGAUAAACAGAUUGUCAAACUGUUCAGUCGCAUCUUCAACUGCAACCAAGAAGAGAUGGUCCGGGAUCUUGAAAAGGGAGAUGUUUCUGAGACAGUGAGGAUUUUCUUUGAAGCAAGCACGUCAUUCCCUCCAUCAGCAAAAAGUCAGCUAACAAUCCAAGAAGUAGAUCAGUUUUUGAGCCGUCUAUCACAGCUCACUAAAGAAGACGAUCAGCAGAGGGAAUUAGAGGACAUUGCCCGUAGGUGCACCGGGAAUGAUCUUAAAUGUAUCAUCAGGUUAAUUAAGCAUGAUCUGAAGAUGAACUCAGGAGCCAAACAUGUCUUGGAUGCAGUGGAUCCUAAUGCCUAUGAUGCAUUUAAAGCUUCUCGAAAUUUGGUGGAUGUUAUAGAAAGAGUCCUACAAAAUCAGCAGGAGGCAACAAAGACAUCUGGACCACGAAAGAUACUAAGUGUGGAAGCUACUUUGAUGACACCAGUACAGCCCAUGUUGGCAGAAGCAUGCAAGUCAAUUGAGUAUGCUAUGAAGAAAUGUCCAAAUGGAAUGUAUUCUGAGAUAAAGUAUGAUGGCGAGCGAGUACAGGUGCACAAGAAUGGUGAUCAAUUCACUUACUUUAGCCGAAGUUUAAAGCCUGUUUUGCCACAUAAGGUGGCCCAUUUUAAAGAAUUUAUUCCACUGGCUUUUCCUGGUGGGAACAGCAUUAUUCUAGAUGCAGAGGUGCUGCUGAUUGACACUAAAACGGGCAAACCUCUGCCCUUUGGAACUCUGGGCGUGCACAAGAAAGCUGCAUUUCAGGAUGCGAAUGUUUGCCUUUUUGUGUUUGACUGCAUUUAUUUCAAUGGGGUCAGUCUUAUGGACAGGCCUCUAUGCGAACGAAGGAAGUUUCUUCAUGAUAAUAUGGUGGAGAUCCCAAAUCGGAUUCUUUUUUCAGAAAUGAAGCAUGUUACUAAAGGCUCUGAUUUAGCUGAUAUGAUCAAUCGAGUUAUUCGGGAAGGUCUGGAAGGACUGGUGCUCAAAGAUGUCAAGAGUCUUUAUGAGCCUGGCAAGCGCCACUGGCUAAAGGUAAAAAAGGACUAUUUGAACGAAGGAGCAAUGGCAGACACAGCUGACUUGGUUGUUUUGGGUGCAUUCUAUGGAACAGGCUCUAAAGGGGGAAUGAUGUCAAUCUUUCUCAUGGGCUGCUAUGACCCAAGUGUUAAUAAGUGGUGCACAGUAACCAAAUGCGCAGGUGGGCAUGAUGAUGCCACACUGGCACGGUUGCAGAAGGAGCUAGACAUGGUAAAAAUCAGCAAGGACCCAAGUAAAAUUCCAAGUUGGCUAAAAAUCAACAAAAACUACUACCCAGAUUUCAUUGUCCGUGAUCCAAAGACAGCACCCGUAUGGGAAAUCACUGGAGCUGAGUUCUCAAAGUCUGAAGCACACACAGCUAAUGGCAUUUCCAUUCGUUUCCCACGCUGCACACGCAUUCGUGAUGACAAAGACUGGAAAAAUGCCACCAACCUUCCCCAGCUCCAGGAGCUGUUCAGAAUUUCUAAGGAAAAAGCUGAUUUUGAUGUGAAGGCCGGCCCCUCAAAACCUAAUGAUGACAGGGGGUCUUCUGAGGGGGACAGCGGAAGUGGAUCAUUAUCUUCCACUCCUCCAGGCUCUCGUCCUGACACACCACGAGCCCAUGCUACCCCUAAAAAGGCAGGGACCAAAGGCAGUGGAACAUCUCCAAAGCAUACCUCCUCAGUAAAAGGACAGAGCUCACCAGAUAAAAAGGCAGUGAAAAGAAAGCAACCGUCAGAGACAUCAAAUCCCAAAAAGCCAAAACAGGAACCUGUACAAUGCCAUAAACAGAAUCAGGCUCCCACCGUGAUGCUUGCACCAGCAAACAGCCAGCAAAAUAAGACUUUACUGGACAUCUUCACUGGAGUAAAGCUGUACCUACCAAAAGCAGUUGGUGAUUUUAAUAAACUUCGGCGUUAUUUUAUUGCUUUCAAUGGAGACCUUGUGCCUGAAUAUGAUGUAGGCACAGCAACACACAUGAUGGGAGAUCAUGAAGAAACUACCACAGCAAAACGUGUCUCCUCAGAGUGGAUCUGGGAAUGUAUCCGGAAAAGGCGGAUUGUACCUCCAUGUUAAAUCCAACAGGCAAUUACUGCAACAGUUAAUAUAUUUUAUAUAAAAAGUACUGAUGAACUGGGGUAGUGAUUUAGAUUUUAACUGGAUAGAAUUUGUGGUGUCAGAAGUUACUUGAAACCUUCAGGAAUAAAAGACCUGAAGUGACUAAACUCA